CCAAUCUUCAGUGGUAUAUAUGGCAAAUAAGACAAUUCAAAACAAAUUUCCUUUUGUUUCUCCCAUUAUCCAUUUUUUCUCUUCUUCUUCUCCUAGUUGACUUAUUUGUUCCUUCCUUCAAUUCAAACCUCUUUUCCCUAAUUUUCUCAAUCAUUCCACUCAAAGAAACCCUAAUUUCCCUAAAUCCCCCCUUUUUCUCCCCACAAAAUUCUUACCCAGAAACCCUUUCUAUCGAGGUCAAACUAGUCAUUUCACCACCGUUGAUCAUCAUUAUGCCUUGUUAUCAUUUUCCCUAUAAUAAUCCCACUGCCCUUGGGGGUUUCACUUCAAUUUUGAGCUCAUUUUGUUAAUAUUCUCGAAAGGGUUUCCAGUAAAGUUUGAGCUUUUGGUUUUUCGUUUUCUUUUUUUUUUAGAAUUAAUAAUUGUUUAAUGGCGAGUGCUUGUAAUGAGGCGGUACCGGUGCCGGAGCAGUUUCCGGUAGGGUUAAAGGUUCUGGUGGUGGACGAUGACAUCAUUUGUUUGAGAAUUCUUGAGCAAAUGCUUCGGAAGUGCCUGUAUAUGGUUACCACUUGUUCCCAGGCUACUGUUGCUUUGAACCUCUUAAGGGAAAGGAAAGGUUUUUUUGAUAUUGUGCUGAGUGAUGUUCACAUGCCCGAUAUGGAUGGCUUUAAACUUCUUGAGCUUGUUGGCUUGGAAAUGGACCUUCCUGUCAUAAUGAUGUCUGGAGAUGACAGAACCAGCCUCGUCAUGAGGGGAAUCAGACAUGGAGCUUGCGAUUAUCUGAUUAAGCCUAUACGUACAGAAGAGUUGAAGAAUAUUUGGCAGCAUGUAGUUAGAAAAAGAUGUAAUGUGGGUAAAGAACAUGAGCACUCGGGUGGCCCGGAAGAUAAUGAUUGGCCGAAAAAUGGAAUUGAUGAUGCUGAAUAUACUUCUUCUUUUAAUGAAGGAGCAGCUGAAAAAUCAUUGAAGAGAAGGAAAGAUACUAAAGAAGAAGAUGAUACCGAGAUAGAAAAUGAUGACCCUACUACUUCAAAGAAGCCACGUGUAGUCUGGUCGGUUGAGCUUCAUCAACAAUUUGUUAGUGCCGUCAACCACCUGGGGAUUGAUAAGGCUGUGCCGAAGAGGAUUCUGGAAUUGAUGAAUGUACCAGGAUUAACAAGAGAGAACGUGGCAAGCCAUUUGCAGAAAUUUAGACUGUAUUUAAAAAGGUUAAGUGGAGUAGCCCAACAGCAGGCUGGCCUUCCGAGUUCCUUUUGUGGGGCGCUGGAGCCAAAUCCAAAAGUAGGUUCACUGGGAAGGUUUGAUAUUCAAGCAUUGGCUGCCUCUGGUAAUAUUCCACCACAAACUUUGGCAGCAUUGCAUGCCGAGUUUUUAAAUCGACCAACGGGUAACCUGGUAUUGCCUGGAAUGGACCAAACAAAUUUACUACAAGCAUCUCUGCCAGUAUCCAAGUGCAUAGCUCUUGAUCAGAAUGUUGCUUACGGCCAGCCAUUGAUGAAAUGCCCAUCCAACAUGUCCAAGCAAUUUUCUCAAACUGUUACUUCUGCUGAUAAUACUCAUUCUGGACCUGGAGCCUGGCCAUCAAAAAACCUCGUUAAUAUGGGUAAUUGUGAUAGCUUUGCUGGUUUAACCGCUCAGAAUGGUAAUGUGAUGUUGAGCGUAAUGCAGCGUCAGCAACAACAGCAUAGACAGCAGCAAGAACAACCACAGAAACAUUCUACACUUCAAGAGCCUAGUCGUUUGAUUAAUGUACAGCCUUCUUGUCUUGUGGUUCCCUCCCAUUCUUCAGCCAACUUCCACACAGGAAAUGGCCUUGCUUCUGUCAAUCAAAGCUGCAGCCUUAGUGGAACUUCCAUCAUAGAUUACAGCAUUCUGUCGCCUCAAUCAAAUAUUUCUUCAUUGAACUCUGGGAGGAUGGGAGAUGUGGAAAUUAAACCUGCAAGCAUGCUUGGUGGGCUAUCUGGUGCUGGUUCAAUCUCUCCAACCUUGUCAUCUGGAUCUGUCAAUGCAGAUAAUGGUGUUGGCAUUCAUGUUCAGAAUUCAGCCUCAAGAUUUGGCCCAGCCAGACAGUUGUCAGCCAUUGUUCCUAAUAUGUCAGCUCUGCAAGACUCUUAUGAUACUUCUGGGCAAAUGUUUGAUCAUGGAAUGCUUAAGAGUACUGCCUUUGUUGGAAGAGGGACAUCAAUUCCUAGUCGUUUUGCUGUGGAUGAAGCUGGUUUGCCAGUUGGUAACCUGAAUCAAGAAAAGAUGUAUGGAGAGAACAAUGCAAACAACGUGAAGCAGGAGCCGAGCAUGAACCUUGUUGAAAAUGCUAAAGUGGGAGCUCCCAUGUUACGGCGUCUUUCCCCUGCUGAUGUUAUGAGUGUCUUCUCAGAUUAGGCUGGUGGAGUGCGUUGAUAAGAAACUGGGCAGCUCUAAUUUACCAUGAUGCAGAGUUGUUCGGUUCCGAACGUGAACAUGAGGAUCUGUGUUCCUUGAGUGCCUACAACUAGUCAUGUCAGCAUUUGUCCGGAGAAUUCAGUUUCAGGUUCUGAAAAUUUAAUCCUUGUAUAAAAUUUGAGUAGAAAGUGGUACAUUCAUUCAGCUCUUUGUAUUUAUUCUAGAACUUGUCUUGGUAGUGAUGAUUAGACAGUAUCAACAUACAAUCUGGCAUUGUUACCCGCUUUUUUUUUUUUUUUUUUAGUUUCUAGCAAUAAGUUUUUUAAGUCAAAAAUUUAAAUUAUGUAUGGAACCAUUCAUCUUCAAGGCACCUAGCCGACAUAAUUGUGUAGUUAUUGCCUUAUUGGUCACAUUGGAGAUUCAGAA